AAAAUCCAUAUGUGUGCAUCGUUUAAAUGAAAAACUUAAAGCUUAAGUGAGCACUGAGAACAAGCAAUACGGUGGCGAGUGUCAUGUACGCGAACGCCUUCAUGGAGGCGGAGGCGGAGGCGGUGGGAAUUUCUAAAGAUAAGGCGGCGUCAGUGGAAGCGUCGACGGUGUUUCCGGGGUUCAAGUUCUCGCCGACGGACGUGGAGCUAAUCUCGUAUUACCUGAAGCGGAAGAUGGCCGGCUUGGAGAGGUCCGUCGAGGUUAUACCGGACGCUGAUAUAUACAAUUUCGAGCCCUGGGAUUUACCCGAUAAGUCGAUUGUUAAAUCUGAUACGGAAUGGUUCUUCUUCUGUGCACGUGGCAAAAAGUAUCCACAUGGUUCACAGAACAGGAGAGCAACAAAGAUGGGAUACUGGAAAGCCACUGGGAAAGAACGUGAUGUGAAGUCGAGCUCUGAAGUAAUUGGAACAAAGAGGACGCUUGUCUUCCAUAUUGGUCGAGCACCAAAAGGCGAAAGAACAGAAUGGAUUAUGCACGAGUACUGCAUGAAAGGAGUUUCUCUGGAUGAUGCUUUGGUUGUUUGCCGGCUUAGGAGGAACAAAGAAUUUAAUAGUUGGACAAGUCAAAAGCCACCAGAGCCAAAUUCAGCAGCCGAGAAUCACAUGGUCUUGCAAAAUGGUGCUACUACUAGUUCAGGGAGCCCGUUUGCUAAUGGUGCUACUACUAGUUCAGGUAGCCCGGCCGAUUGGGACAACAUGGUUGAUUUUUAUCUUGCGGAUGAAUCAGGGGAGAAACUGCUCACUGAUAUGGCAGAAACAGCAAAAAAUCUACAGGUGCAUACUGAAGAGGAUUUCUUUGCGGAUAUCCUGAGGGACGAAAUCAUCAAACUUGAUGAAGCGGUGAUGGCGGGGAACACACCAAACGAAGUGCCAACACUUGAAUCAGCAUCAAUGGCUAUAAGGGUACUUCCAUUACCGAACAUGAUAGACAAACAAAUGGUUUCACUGUUAGAGGAAAGGCCAUCACAGGAGAAGAAAGGAAAAGAGAGCAAUGGCACGGAAUCAUUGUCGAGCUGCUUCGUAGGUCUAUACUCGAUCAAAACGGUGAACCGAGCACGGUGGGAUGUUAUUAUAGGUGUAGUGGCUCUGAUUGUAAUGUUGUUUUAUCUAGAGUAAGGCUAUGGAAGUUGGAACCAGCGUCUUGUCUUCUUCUUUCUCGGCAUUUGCUUCUUCUUCUCGAUGUUACCCAAGUGUUUAGGAUGUAUGGGUGUGGUCAGUUUUCUUUGUACCUUAGGAUGAUUAAAAAAAAAAAAAAAAUCUGAGGUGUUGUAUUACU